GAGUUGUCUCCUUUUUGAAGGAUAGAUGCUGGAGGCUUGGAAGCCGUGUAUACUGCUCAUCUCUCUUUUCCGUAGAGCUGCGUUGGCACGCGUUAACCCCAUUGGCGUUGUAGUGCGGGUUUGGUCCUCUUCACAUUCCGUGUUUACCGUGCACUCUAGAACGGUUUUUGUUCUAUUAGAUCAUCGUACGACGAACGCGUGCCUCCUUUCAUUUCGAGGGCUAGGACGGUGAUUAUUUAUUCCCUGCAGCGCUCCCUCCUUUUUGCGGUGCCGCACCCACCACUCCCGAGUCAAAAGCACGCCCACCGACUAUCGUCAUGUUCGCCAAAUUGAAAGAGAGCAUUGGGAAGGCGGGGAAAGGAGUGAAGGGCGGGAUUGAGAAGGCGGGCCACAGCAUCAAAAAAGGCGUCGAGGAGGCCAACCGCAGCUUGACACAAUCCAGAAGUCACCACUCCUCUCCUGAGAAAAAGAAGAGCGGUCUCAAGUCGUCCGCCGCCACGACGCACGACAACAAGAGCGAGAAGGCCCACACCACGGCGGCCUCCGAGAGAAAGUCGGAGCAAGCGUCCACCUCAGCUGCUCCGGCAACGACGACGACGGCGGCCGCCUCGGCGCAGGCAUCGCGUCCCUCCUCCGUCCACUCUGACAAGUCAUCGAAGGCGUCGUUGCCGGAUACGGCCACGUUUGCCGAGACGGCCGCUGGCCCGCGCUCGCGUACCGGCACCCCCACUCCCCGUCCUCCGCCUCCCCCUCCACCGCAGCACCGAGGCACACCAAAGCGGGCUAACAGCAAAACACCCGUUGAGACUCCUCCCGCGGCACCAGCAGCAGCGGCGGCAACACCAGCCGUGGUGGAGGAAGCGUCGAAACUGUCGCGAGCCCCGUCGACGGCGUCCGCCAACUCGCUGCACUUAACGGACGGCGACGAGGCGGAGACGCCUGGCUCGAUUCGCUUCACCGUAGAGCCUGGAUCUGCCGUGAAGGAAUCCACACCACGGAAAGCAGCACAAGUAGAGGAGGUCAAAGAGGACAACGACGACGACGGUGAAGAAGGCAAGACGGCCGACCUCACCACGGAGGGAUCACUGGACAUUGCGGUGGAGGAGGACGAUGAUACGCAAUCGAGAACGGAGGAUGUAAUGGAGAAGGUGAAGGCAGAACCCGCAGGGACGAAGAAGAGCACAAAAGAGACCUCCCAGAAGGCGCCUCCCAUGACCUCAGGGGCCACAAGCACUGGCAAGUCGGGCAAGAUCGCAAAAGAGGAAGUUGGAGAAGCGGAUGGACACGGCACCAAGGGUGGCAAGGAACGCACAAACGGUACAUCAAAGCCAUCCAAGGCUUCCACAGCAACCCCAGCGACAACGGAAGAAGGAAAAGGCGGUGCGAAGGAUGCGAAGGUGAAGAGUGGUACCCUGAGGAAGGCAACUCCGCUGCACACACGAGUUGCUGGCAGCCGCAACGGCGGCAACGCAACGCGGGCGCCAAAGAAGCCUCCUUUUUCGAGCAGGGGCGGAGGAGGUGAAACGAACGUGCGCUUCGCCGAGGACGAGCUUGAGCGCCCCGUGGAGAAAAAGAUAGGCAAGGACGAAAAGAAACAGCGGCACCGCAACGGCUCCCGUCCCGUUGACGGUGUGGAGGAGGAGGAUGACGCAUCUGACAAGCCUGAAGCUGCUCAUGCCGCCUCCGCUUCUCACAGCCGCAACCGUUCCAGUAGUUCCAGCCUCGAUGGUGAGGGGAAGAGGGUGGAUGCUGCGGGGGAGGAGAGCCAGCGGCAGCGGCGUGGCUUUCGCCUGAGUCCCGCGAAGGACGACGGGAGUGAGACUGACGGGAGUGGCAGCGAAGAACGCACCGGCAACGACGUGAGGGAGCGCGGCAAAGCGAGGAAGUCGACCGCGGAACUUCGCCACUGCAAAGAGCGGCCGUCGUCCCGCGACAUUUCUCGUGAGAAGCGCCGGGAAGCGCGUCCACGCGAUGAAGGCGAGCGCUACAGACCCACGAGCGCUUCCGCAGGGGCGCGGGACCGCACACAGUCGAGGCAUUCUUCGCAACCAUCGCACCCUCGAGAAAGGCGCAACGAUCUUGACGAGGACAGAAACACCUGGCGGCGUCGCCGUGGUGAUCGGGAAACGCCAUCUUUCACUACACCGACUCGUGCGCAAAGACGCGGGUCAACGCACCGCCUCUCGCUGCGUGCGAUGGACGGCGGCGCGCUUGUAGAGGAGUGUCUACGGGACACGGAGAACUACGCACGUGGCUCCGAGCGCCGCCGCCGCAACUCGCCCCGAUCGUCGUCCCGUGGCCACCACGACGGGGAAACGGUGCAGCGCCGCUCCGCCAUGCAGACCACCUACCAACUGGACUACCCCGACUGGUCAAGGUACCGUGACGAGAGCAGCGAGGGCGAUGACGAUGCCUUUCUGGUUCGUGUUGGCGGUGUGUCCUCGCGUCAUGCGGGGAGCAGCCGACGCUCGCCUCCGGGAAGCGUUCGACGGAGUUCCCCGCUUGCAUCGUCAUCCUUCCAUCGAUUAUCGUUUUACGACGAGGACGAUGCGCUGGCCGCCGAGGCGGUGUCGGAGCCGGAACGGUUUCGUGCGCACUCCGCCGCCCGCCGUCACAGCCGCAGUGGACGGCGGCACGACGGGUACGGGUCUGGCGGGGAGGAGGCGGUGCCGCGUCGUGUCGGUGGCUCUCGAUCGCCCUCCUCUUCCGUCCACUCGGUGGAAGAAGACGACUGGUACGGCAGGAGCGGCGGUGGAUGGCACGAACGCCAGCGAGCCUACGGCGUGGCCAGGCAGCGUCCUCGCCAGCGCAGCGGCGACUACGCACCGCCGCACGACGCCUCCUCCCAUGGAAGCGAGCGCAAUGCGACCCACGUCGGCGGCGUUCGUCACCGGUACGACCCCCCUCGUCCUCGCAGCGCGUCCCGCGCCUCCUCCGAGCGACGACGAAGCUCCGUGGGCCGCGCAGAAGACGGCCGACUUUACGGGUCGUGGCGCCAACUCACGGAGGAGAGAGACGACCCGGACUACUACUUCUCCGACGCGCCGCGGAAGCGGCAGAAUGGUGGGUCUUGGCGCUCGCGCAGUCGCGGCGGCGCCUUCGCCCCCUCCCCGCCACGAAGUCCGCUAUGGGCGCACCGCAGCUCCUUUGGACGGGCCGCGUUGGGUGUCAGCCCUAAUUUAGAGCGCCUGCAACCGGUGCAAAGAGGCGGCAGCAGCGCGGUUCUCUCACCGCUGCGGGGUCGUCGGGCAGGCAGUGCUCGUCGGCCAAACGACAAAAGUGCGUCGCAUAACACCAGCGCGCUGCGCACCUCGCACAGCCGCCCGGCCUCCGCCCGCUCCGAAGAGGAGAUACUGGAAGAGGUAGAGUGGAAGCUGGACGCGCUUGGUCAGCAGAUUGUUGAGGAAGAUAAAGUGCGAGAGCGCGCGAUGAUGCGCAGUCCCUUUCAGCGUUUGUACCACCUCAACAACCGCCGCGACCGCGAUGAGCGGCGCGAGAAGGUGUUCCAACUCAACCGCCUCGAGCGCAUUCGCGACCGCAUCGUGUCUGGCUCCCUCGAGGAGGACAUCGUCCGCAGAGAGGAGCGGCUGCGGAGGCAAGAGGAGAUGCUGACGAACCCGAAUGGGGUAUUUUUGCGAUUGUACCAAAACACCUCAGGUCGCCGCUCGCAAACCGGGCAGUCCACCGUGAACGCGAGCAACAGUCGACACAGCACGCCGCAUGAAUCCACCAUGAAUGCCGGUGCUGCUGCGGCGGCCGGCGCUGCAAGCCCCAACGCCACUGGUGUGAGUAAAGCAUCCAAUCGUCCCGGCUCAGCGACCCGACGCACCCUUAGCAAGGCGCAGCGCCUCGCCAUGUGCGAUCGCCUCUACGGCGGGGCGUUGGCGGGGGUAAACCGAAAGGAAGAGCGCAUGAAGCAGAGCGUGGAGGAGCGCCGCCAGCGGGAGGUGGAGGAGCUGCUCAUUGCUCGGCUCGUCGCGCAGCUGCAAUUGCAGCACGCCCAGAUGCACCCCCGAGAGAAGAAAGCGCCACAGACGUUGGCCGAGUUGGAGCAGGAGGCACGCGGCGAGUUAGAUAAGAUGCGUCGCGAGGACCCGAAGGGCUACGAGGACAAGCUGCUGCGCGGCCGUGUGCUGACCACGAAGGAGCAAACCCUCAUGUCGAAACGGCUGUGGAUGCACGGCUACGUGUCGAAGGAGAAGCUGGAAGCUCGCAAAGAGCGUGAUGAGCUGCGCGGCUGCACCUUCCAGCCGGAGGUGAACGACUAUGACGCCUUUUACCGGGUUAAAACGAAACGGGGGGACACGAGCGACGGGGAGCAGAGUGUGGGGGAGUCGGAGCAGCAGGACGUUGCCUCGGAUGACACGGAGCACCAAGCGCGCCGGAAAGAGGUGGAUCGCUGCAAGGAGCUGUAUCGCAAAGGGAUGAAAGCCAAGGCACACGAAGCGGAGCUGCGCGACGAGCGCGACCGCGAGACCCGCUUAAAGAUUCUGCGCGGUCGUAUGGCGAGCGACCAUCACUUUAGACGCCGCGUCGAGCUCGAUCCAUCUCUGGCGGAGCGUUUCUUGAAGUCUCUUGUCGUGUGA